UUUACACCCCUCCCUUCUCUUCAGUCGACACAGAUCCUCCUCCAGCCUCUUUAAACUGCUUUCACCCCCACAUAAACAAUAUUUUUUUUUGGGGGGGGGGGGUGUUCAGUCUCAGGCGCCCUGUCCUCCAGCCCCUCACAUGUAUCCGUGUGUCUUGGAGGAUAUUUCUCUUUCGUCUGGAGCCGAAACCGAACACGGACGGAACUGUGUUCCGAGCUAACGUUCCUUUGGUGGGCGAAGGAAGCGGAGGAGCGCGCCCGGGCCUGGCUGCUCCGGAGAGACGGCGUGAAUCGACGGAAUUCACCCUAUUCAGGCCACACGCCGCCCUGCUAUGGAGAAGAUGAAGAAGAUUAAGAAGCGGCUGUCGUUGACGCUGCACACCAGUCAGACCAUCGACGAGUCGCUGUCUGAGCUGGCCGAGCAGAUGACCAUCGAUGACGGCGGCACCAAGGACAACGAGCCCUUCAUGAGGAACGGGCGCCCCCCCACCUCGCACAGCAUGCACUCCUUCCUGCACCAGUAUACCGGCUCCUUCAAGAAGCCCCCCCUCCGCCGGCCGCACAGUGUCAUCGGCGGCAGCCUGGGGUCCUUCAUGGCCAUGCCUCGCAACGGCAGCCGUCUAGAUAUUGUGCACGAGAACUUGAAGAUGGGCUCUGAUGGGGAGAGCGACCAGGCGUCGGGGACGUCCUCAGACGAGGUUCAGUCUCCGACUGGCGUCUGCCUGAGAAACCGCCUCCACCGGAGGAUCUCCAUGGAGGACCUCAACAAGCGCCUGUCCCUGCCGGCCGACAUCCGAAUCCCAGACGGGUACCUGGAGAAGCUGCAGCUCAGCAGCCCGCACUUCGACCAGCCGCUCAGCCGGCGCUCCCGCAGAGCCUCGCUGUCGGAGAUCGGUUUUGGCAAGUUGGAGACGUACAUUAAGCUGGACAAACUGGGGGAGGGAACCUACGCCACAGUGUUCAAGGGGCGCAGCAAGCUGACGGACAACCUGGUGGCACUGAAGGAGAUCCGGCUCGAGCACGAGGAGGGGGCGCCAUGCACCGCCAUCAGAGAAGUGUCGUUACUGAAGGACCUCAAACACGCCAACAUCGUGACGCUUCACGACAUCGUCCACACUGACAAAAGCCUCACGCUCGUCUUCGAGUAUCUGGACAAGGACCUGAAGCAGUACAUGGACGACUGUGGGAACAUAAUGAGCAUGCACAAUGUGAAGGUUUUCCUGUUCCAGAUUUUGCGAGGGCUGUCGUAUUGUCAUAAGAGGAAAGUUCUCCACAGGGACCUGAAGCCCCAGAACCUCCUCAUCAACGAAAAGGGAGAACUCAAACUAGCUGAUUUCGGGCUGGCGAGGGCCAAGUCCGUCCCAACCAAAACCUACUCCAACGAGGUGGUGACUCUUUGGUACCGGCCCCCUGAUGUUCUGCUGGGAUCCUCCGAGUACUCGACACAGAUCGACAUGUGGGGGGUUGGCUGCAUAUUCUAUGAGAUGGCUGCAGGUCGGCCGUUGUUUCCCGGCUCCACGGUGGAAGACGAGCUGCACCUCAUCUUCAGGUUACUGGGCACGCCAAAGGAGGAGAACUGGCCAGGGAUCUCCUCCAUCGAAGAGUUUAAAUCCCACAACUUCCCCAAAUACAAGCCCCAGCCGCUAAUCAACCACGCUCCCAGGCUGGACGGCGAAGGCAUUGAGCUGCUGCUGGCUUUCCUCAGAUACGAAUCCAAGAAGAGGAUUUCAGCUGAAGAGGCCAUGAAACAUUCCCACUUCCGGCAGCUCGGGACGAGAGUUCACACACUGCCUGAAAGUGUUUCAAUUUUCACAUUAAAGGAAGUGCAGCUGCAGAGGGACCCUGGUUACAGGAACUCCUCUUACCCGGAGUCAGGUAACGGCAAGAUCAACAGGAGGCAGAGCAUGCUCUUCUAAUGUCUGGUGAAGAAGAUGGUCGGCUACCCACCUUCAUCACUUCCCACCAACCUCUCGCAUGAGCCCACCUCCCCUUUGUACCUGCACACACACAUGAACACGCACACACACCCCUCCGAGCUUGUGACUCUGGGUUAAAUCUAUUUGGAAACUGUGUUUAUUUAUUGGGGGGAUUUGAGAUUGAAUUAUUUGCUGCUAAACUACUACUGUCUGUAUUUAACACACCGUGUGUGUGUGUGUGUGUGUGUGCAUGAUGUGAACUCGAGACGCCAUGCACAGUUAUGCAGUCAGAAAGGUGACUAUUGUUUUACUCCUGACGACGAUUCUCCGGCUUCAUUUGAGUUAGAAUUUCACUGAUGUCGGCGCUGUGAUCCAAGUUGUUGUUGUCGUGCUUGGAGACCAAAACGCUUCAGCUUCUUUAAUUUUCUUUCUUUUAUAAAUAUGUAUAUUUUUAUCUAUAUAUUUGGAGUUUGUUUUGUUUGUCUUUGAGCUUCCGUGACUGAAUUCCACGACGUUUCCAAAUUCAAACAGGCCGUGACGUGAGAUGGCGGGGGCAGAAAUGACGGUGCCUCAGGAUUCCUCGUCGUUUCAAUAACAUUUCAGUUUACCUUUCUUCUAGAGCCCUGGGGGGGUUGCACUGUGGCUCAAACAGCAGGACUUUGAGCUGAUUAUGGCAGCAUUUAUAAGUUGAUGGUUUAAGAAGCACACGGUCCAAUCAACUUCUUCUUUUUUGUCCUGUUUGACCAUCCAGCAAUGGGACCAAAUGGAGGAGAGGGGGCGCGGGGCUGGGUGUGCGCAGUUGAAAGAGGAAUGUUAGAGCUGAACAGGAAGUGACGUCCCACAGGAAGCCUUCAAACCUUCCCUGAGACCUCUCAAAAAACUGCCAGCACUUUAGUGCUUAAAAAAAAAUGCAAGCUACACUUUCUUUGUCGGUGCUUUGGAAUCUCACUGCAGUAAAUGUGUUUUUUAAAUGACCCCUCAACGUGAUGUUUUUGGAAUCAGGGGCCGGUGCCCAAUAGUAUUAAGAGGUGUCCUCUGUGUCUGGGACCCUCGGACUUCUCCAGUGUGGCUUCCAAAGCCAUAUGGUUGUUUUCCACUUGGCUAGGUUAGACCACUGCUCUCUGGCAUUUGUACACAAGAUUAAAAACAAUUUCAAAUUGAAAUAUUCGGUUUAACUGCCCGAUGUGUUGUUUGCGACUGACAGUGAUGCUACAGAUGAAGCCGGUUGAGAAGUCUCACUUUUCACUGCAUGUUUACUGAAGCAAAUAGAAGCUCUCCCAAAAUCACUGGGAAAAGCUGGUGUGCUUUCCAUCCCUGUUUUGAAUUAUUUUUGGUGUAUUCUCAUCUGAUUCAGAUAAUUCCAGCAGCUAUGUGCUGGCAAAAAGUGCUUUUCAGGAAUGUCUGACAUUUUGUGUGAGAGUUGAGGGAUGCCCCUCUUUGUACAGUAAGUAUGAAGCUCGCCGCAGGAGCCAGUUCUGCUUAUUUGAGCGUGAAGACUUGAACCGAGGCUAACCUGGCUUCGUCCAAUGGUUACACAUCUGCCUUUAUUUUAUUUUCACGUUCUCUUUUAUUUGUGCUAAGCUAUCUUGACCAGCUGCUGGUCCCAGCCACAUGUUGAUUGUGCACACUCCAGUUGUGGUACUUUUUGUCUACCCGUCGGCAAGAAAACAAAUCGUCUUAUUCCCCCAAAUGUUUCAACACUCACAGUAGCAUAUAAGUUGCACUGAAUUACACCAGGAAUGCAUCACAAGUAAUGCAUCACAAGUUGAAGAGUGUGAGAAGAUCUUAGCUGUGCUAUUCUGUUACUGCAGAGCUCUUUCGUUCAACAUCUACACGAAAAUUUCAAAUUCAUUUUGCAGAAGCUGCAGAGAUUUUUGCUGAUUGGGUAGAACAUGCCAGACAAAUGUUGGAAGCAUGACUAAUGGUUUACUCAUUAAUAGCCUAGAGAAUUAAUGUAUAAACAAUUAACUUUAUCUUUAUCAGUUUGCAGCUAACAGUGUAAUAGUCCUGUAAACAUACUAAUUAAAUCCUUUGGAAGGAUAGUUCCUCUUUCACAAUGUUUUAGAGUAUAUAUUGUGAGUUCAUAAUUGAACAACCAGAGCUUGCUACAAACAAAUGCAGAUGGAAGAUUUACAUUUUAAAUAAUGUAACAAUUAUUGUUGUACUCACAGGACAAAUUGUCAUUAUAUUAAUGGUGUACAUCCUGUAUUACAUUGACCCCUUCCCCAAAUUAUUUCUCCAUAGGUAGCUUUAAAAUGAGAAAACAUUUUUCUUCUCCUCAUGUUGUAUUUCACGUGAUCUGCUUCAGUGUGUUUGAAUGCUUCACUGAAACUUUAUCACACUGGAUUUGGAAUAAACCGUCUUCUGUUUGUCAUUCAUGUCGCUUUAAUUACUCCUAUGAAUGCAGGAUUAUUCCACCAUUAACUGCAAACUAUGUCAAUAAUACCUUCUUUUUUUAACAUGAGCAGCUGUGACAUGCACAAAAGGAGAUUUCUGCAACCGCUAAAUGUUUAAUAUUGUAAAACUGUAAAACCUUUUCAAAUGUAUAAAUUACCUGAAUUUAUGUGAACGUGUGUGUGAGUGUGUAUGUGUGGCUGAUGCAUGGAAGGCCUGCUGUGUUGUGUAUUCGACCUCUGAAACACUGAGCCGCCGGUGAAGAGUUGGUGUGUGUGUGUGACUCUUUUUACUGGAACUAUUUAUUUCUCAUAACCAUUGAAAGUAAAUUUAAUCUGUUUCAUAAA